AUGGGAUCUGAAAAUGAACUAUUACAAAAUAUUUUAGAAGAGAUUCAAAAAAGUAAAAAUGAAAUAAAAAGCUCUGUUGAAGCUUGUGAAACUCGUAUUUUGUUGAAAAUCGAAACACUAAAAAAUCGAAUCAGCGAAGUAGAGAAAGAAAACGAAUUUCUUAAAGAUAAAAUAGAAACCCUGGAGCAAAACAGUAAAAAGAAAAAUAUAAUUUUAUUUGGUUUGAAUACGACAAAUAGUGAAAGGACUGUUUCGUACGUCUGUGAACUAAUGAAAGACAAACUAGGUAUUUCAAUAAGAGAGGAAGACGUAAGUGACUUAUAUUCCUUGGGUAACUACAACGAAGCUCCGUUAAAGGUUGAACUAUUGUCAGUGGUGAAAAAGAGAAACAUAUUGAAGAACUGUACAAAAUUAAAAAACACUGGAAUUGUAGUAACACACGAUCUAACUCAAAAACAAAGGGAAGAAAAUAAAAUUUUACGUGAAAGUUUAAAUCACUGCAGUACAACAACUGAAAAGAGCUAUAUAAAAGGAAACAAACUGCACGUUGGAAGCAAACAAUAUACAGUGGAAGAUUUAAAAGAAAACGAUUAUAGCAAGAAAGAAGAAAAAUCAAAUAGUGCUCCACCAACCCCUAUUGCUAAUUUAAAGCCUGAUAAAGAAUUGACAAUCACUCAGCCAACACUUACAGAAACACUCAAAAAUAAAAAUAUACUAUUACAGAAAUCUGUAGAGCCUUGUAAUAAGAAAGACGAGAAGCCAAGAGAAGGAAUCAAAGUUGAUAAACCACCCAACAAAUCUGUUAGUGGACAAGUUGUAAGAGAAAAAUAUAAAACUCGAUUAAAUUCAAAUUCUAAAUAA